CAGGAAUUGAUUCUGCCAUUUAAUACGAAAAAUGGAGUUAUUCGAGGACCCAUUACUUUGGACGAGCGUUCUCGUCGUGUACCGCGAGUGUCUCGUAAAGCGCAGUGGAGAACAACUCCCGCAUGUGGCUCAACGAAUCGACGGCUUCUUGGACCGCACCUGCUCGUGGACUCUAUCGGACGUGUACGAGCGCACAUCGAGUUUGCAUUGCAUGCGACUGCUGGGAAAUCGUCGACGUCCAAUCGAAUCGCUGUAUCGCGACUGGGAAUUUAAUGGCGUCGUGGUACAAGCUGCACAGCGUGGAGACUUGACGUCUUUAAUCUGGCUUGCAGAAACCUACAUGCCCCACGGGACGCUGUCCUCCGCGGCGAACGCUGCUGCUGCGAGUGGACAAUUGCAGGUUUUGAAGUGGCUACUUGAAGAGCACCAGAGCAGAGUUCAUUGGGGAGGCAUGGAGUGGUGUGAAGCCAUCCGCGAAGAGCAGAGCGCCGUGAUCGAGUGGCUGCGACAGCAUUCAAUCCCAGACGAAGACGCGGUUUGGAGACUGAUACAUGACGCUGCCGAUAAAGGAGACCUAGAACUUGUGAAGUGGCUGCUAUCGCUACACGGAGCUGCAAUAAGUGCUGCGCUACGAGGAGCGUACAAGGGCCAUCGCUGUCAUAUCCUCAAGUGGUUGGCAACACACUGCGACCCCUUGCCGCGAACGGAUUGUGUCGAUGCUGCAGCCAAGGAUGGCGACCUGGAAUUUCUCCAGUGGAUACAUGCGAACAACCUGGUGGACUCUUUAUCCGGUGCUGUAUCCAUUUCAGCUGCCAGUGGACAUCUGAGCGUGUUAAAAUGGCUGUACGAAGAAGUCGGAGAGCAAGAGCUGACUGCGGACUGCAUGGAUCAAGCGGCAAGUGCAGGACACCUGGAUGUUGUCAAGUGGCUGGACUACCACGAAUGCCCCGCAACUACACUUGCUAUGGAUGGAGCUGCUGCCGCAGGAUUUCUCGAUGUGGUCAAGUGGCUUCAUGGUCAGCGAACGGAAGGAUGCUCGGUGUCUGCAAUCAAUGGAGCUGCUGAGAAUGGCUACUUUGAAAUUGCCAAGUGGCUACACUCAAAUCGUGACGAGGGCUGCGACGUGUCUGCCAUGGAGAAGGCUGCUGGAAAUGGUAAUUUGGAGAUUGUUCAGUGGCUGCACUCACAUCGCAACGAAGGAUGUACGGAGAGAGCCAUGGAUUGGGCAGCCAAAGGGGGUCACUUGGAAGUGGUAAAAUGGCUACAUUUGAACAGAUCGGAAGGCUGCACGACUGCUGCCAUGGACUGGGCGGCCUACGGCGGGCAUUUGGAGACGAUCAAGUGGCUUGAUGGCAACCGUAGUGAAGGAUACACAGCUAAGGCGCUGUGUUUUGCAGCGGCAGGUGGUCGUUUGGAUGUUCUCAAAUGGCUACAUUCGACUAAGAGUGAGCGUUUGACGUCUGAUACGGUUGAUAUGGCUGCAGCUGGUGGGCACUUGCAAGUGCUUGAAUGGCUUCAUGUUCAUGGAGUAGAAGAGUGCUCGCCAAGUGCAAUGAGAGACGCAGUGCUGGGGCAUCACAUCCCCGUGAUUUUAUUUCUGUUCGAAAAGUACCGCGACAUUUGUGAAGAAGGCGUUUGCUUCUUACGCGAUGAAUGGGGAGAUCUAGAAGUUCGUUUCGUUGGACUGGCUCGGUGGCUGCUUGAACAAUUCGGAGGCGCGCUCGAAGGUGCUAGCUUCUCAGUCAAUCGAGCGGACUGGGCGACAAACAAAUGGAUGAGCGAGCAUAUGCAACAUUUGGAUGUGGAAGAUAAAUUCGUUUAUUGGGAAUGCGGUCCUUGGUAUUCGUAG